CAACACACCAACUGUUCUUGGGUCAUCCUCUCAGCAAAAUGUCUCACGAUUAUUUUGGAUUCUCCUCUAUAAGGAGAAUGGCAAGAAAUGGCACAGAACCUCCAACAGUGGCCCUUAACAAUGCGGCGGAUAUAUCCGUUAUUGUAAUUUACUUUUUGGUUGUCUUGGCUGUGGGAAUAUGGGCUAUGGUCCGCACCAACCGGUCCACAGUUGGUGGCUUUUUCCUUGCAGGGAGGAGUAUGGUGUGGUGGCCAAUCGGAGCGUCACUCUUUGCCAGCAACAUUGGCAGCGGGCACUUUGUAGGAAUAGCUGGAACCGCUGCAGCUUCGGGAUUGGCCAUUGGUGGAUUUGAAUGGAAUGCUCUAAUAGUGGUCGUCAUUCUGGGAUGGCUCUUUGUGCCCAUCUACAUUAAAGCUGGGGUGGUCACCAUGCCUGAGUAUCUGAAGAAGAGGUUUGGAGGACAGCGUAUUCGCAUCUAUCUCUCUGUGCUGUCCCUCUUCCUGUAUGUGUUCACCAAGAUCUCAGCAGAUAUGUUCUCUGGCGCCAUUUUUAUCAACCAGGCUCUUGGGUUGAAUAUCUACCUUGCUGUUAUCAUGCUACUAAUGAUUACUGCACUGUACACUGUCACAGGUGGACUGGCUGCAGUGAUAUACACAGACACCUUACAGACCAUCAUCAUGGUUGUCGGGUCAUUCAUCCUUAUGGGCUUUGCUUUCAACAAGGUGGGAGGUUAUGAAAACUUCCAGAAUGGCUACAUGAACGCCGUCCCAGCUAUCACCGCUAACAUCAGUGAAAGCUGUUACGAGCCUCGGGCAGACUCCUUCCAUCUUUUUAGGGAUGCGAUUACAGGAGACCUGCCAUGGCCUGGCCUGGUGUUUGGACUCACCAUUCAGGCCACUUGGUACUGGUGCACUGACCAGGUGAUUGUCCAGCGCUGCCUCUCCGCCAAGAAUUUAUCUCAUGUAAAGGCCGGCUGCAUCUUGUGUGGCUACCUGAAGCUGCUGCCCAUGUUCCUCAUGGUGUUCCCUGGGAUGAUCAGCAGGAUCCUCUACCCUAAUGAGGUGGCAUGUGUGGACCCAGACGAAUGUAUAAAAUACUGCGGGGCCAGCGUGGGCUGCACCAACAUCGCUUAUCCCAAACUAGUGGUGGAUCUUAUGCCUGAUGGUCUGCGAGGUCUCAUGCUGUCUGUGAUGAUGGCCUCUCUGAUGAGCUCCCUUACCUCCAUCUUCAACAGUGCCAGCACUCUCUUCACCAUGGACAUCUACACUAAGAUUCGCCGCACUGCCAGUGAAAAGGAACUCAUGAUUGCCGGCAGGGUGUUCAUUUUGGCUCUGAUUGGUGUGAGCAUCGCAUGGAUCCCUGUGGUGCAGUCAGCACAGAGUGGUCAGCUCUUUGACUACAUCCAGUCCAUCACCAGCUACCUCACACCACCUGUUGCAGCUGUGUUCAUGCUUGCCAUCUUCUGCAAACGUGUCAAUGAGGCUGGUGCAUUUUACGGACUCAUAAUUGGCCUUCUUAUCGGCCUGUCCAGGAUGAUUGCUGAGUUUGCAUAUGGGACAGGCAGCUGUAAUAACCCCAGUAACUGUCCCACCAUCAUAUGUGGAGUUCACUACCUCUACUUUUCCAUCAUCCUGUUUGUUAUCUCCUGUAUCAUCAUCCUGUCAGUCUCUCUCAUGACCAAACCCAUCGACGACAAGCAUUUGUAUAGGCUGUGCUGGGGCCUGAGGAACUGUACGGAGGAGAGGGUGGACCUCGAACAAGACGACUGGGUUGAUAACGAUGAUUCCAAAUAUAUGGACGUGGAUGAACCAGAGGAGGAGCCAGGCUUUUGCAAGAAGGCCUUGUUGUGCUUCUGCGGCCUGGAGAACAAGAAAGCUCCACAGCUGAGUCCAGAGGAGCAGGCGGAGUUGCAGAAGAAGCUCACAGACACCUCAGAGAAGCCUCUAUGGAGGAACAUCGUCAACGCUAACGCCAUCAUUCUCCUCUGCGUGGCUGUUUUCUGUCAUGGCUUUUACGCUUAAAGACUGACUCCAAGUACUCUCAGGUCAUUUAUAUUUAAGUAACAGCAUUUUAUAUUAAUGUAUAUUAUGACCGAAGAAUUGCUUAUUACCCUUAACCCUCAAAAAUAGAAUAUAAUGUAUACUCUUCUACUCUGUGUCAUUAAGUAACUGACACACGGUUGUUUCGAAGCGUCCAGCUUGCCAUUUUGACUGUCAACAUCUUUGAUUUUUGCAGCCAGAACUUGCUUAGACUUUAUUUAGGCAACCAAAAGAUUACAAUUACAUUUUAUGAACUGAAAACACUGAAAUUGCAACAACAGCUAUGCCUAUACUCUGUGAAUCUGGGGUUAUGGCAUGAUUACGAUACAUAAUAAAUAUUGUUGCUAUGAUAGUGACUUUUCAGUCACAAAAUAGCCACACACUAAACCAUGCCCCGCUGUAUUAUCUAUUUUACUCUAAAUGGGGUUAUAAUUUACAAAAUGAACAUCAUGCUAUGUUGAAGAAGCCUUGAAACUAGAGAUUGAGACCAUAAACUCAUCAGGGCAGUGUUUACUGUGGUAAUAAAUCAUGAGACAAGGAGGGUCAUUUUCUGAUAGACUUCCAUAUAAUCACACUUCUCUUUGGAGCCAGUGAAAUCGCCCUUUGCUGGCCAUUCGAGAGAAUGCAGGUUUUGAGGCACUUCCGCAUUGGCCUCACUUUUCAGACCCCCAAACUAUAAUAAGUGCUGAUUCAUUAUAUUUGGGUGUAAAGUUAAUUUUCAAAAACGUCUUGAUAAAUAAGACUUUAAUAACUUAAUAGAAAAUAUUAAGUUUUCAGUGUGUAGUUUUUGUUUUGUUAGGCUGUUUCUUAAAACUUCUAUAAUGAGCACAUUUCCUGUAUAGUACCAAAUUACAUAACUCUUUAAAAGAAAGAUCCUAAGACAGUUACACAGCAGCUACUUUUACGAAUUUACUAAAAAUUAAAAAAAACUCUGAAUAUGCUAAUAUAAUGUAUAAUGUAGUGUUCACACUGAAAACGAUGUAUUAUGUGUAAUGUUUGGGUAUUCACUUUUUUCUGUUUUCUUAUCAUUUGUAUCAAAUUGUGCCCCCCUCUCCUCAUAGUAAAAUGUCCUGAAAGUUACUAAUGAAAUUCCUGAAAAUUAUUCAGAAGAUUUCCAGAAAAUGAGCAUAAAAAUAAGCAACCUGUGAAGUGUUGCCUCUUAUCAUUAUUAUUAUUAUUAUUAUUAUAUGUAUUAUGUAUGUUUGGCUAUUGAACUCUUCUAGGACAUACUGAAAAAUGAUAUUUCUAUUAAGUUUGUGCCUAUCUAAAACUCCCAAGACAUUUCAUUACUUUACAUGAGACUCUAGAGUUUUUGUGAUAUAUAAUUUAUUUAUCAUUUUCAAUUCUGAAGGAAUCAUAUUCGGAGUCAUAUUUUAAUAUAUUAACACAAAGAAAGUAUUCAUUGUGCAUACAUUUUCACCCAUCUGUACACAUGACUACUCCACAUUUGUAGGUCUUCCAGUGUUAAGUCUUUACUGUUGCUUUUAUGUGUAUAAGCAAAAUGAGUGUGUGUAAGCAUGAUGAGAAAAGGACACUGGUGGCUUUAUAUUUUAGAGUAGCUCAUUAACGGAGCUGCAGGGUGACUCUAAUUUCUGCCUAAAAUAAUAAAGAAAAAAAAGAUAUCUAGUGAUAAACAAAUGCUUGUAAAUUACCUGUAAAGCAUACUGGAUGUGAGAGCAGAUAGAAGAUAAUUAUUUAUGUGUGCUACCUCAUUCAACCUAAACUUAAAUUCUUCUCAUUAUGUGUGCUCAGAGUCCAUGUGUGGUGCCACACAUUCAGUCUGUGCACUUUACAGUAUGAGUGCUGUGAAUUACACAAUGCACCAUCUGACUGUCUUUACUUCCCUCUAGUGGCUCACUGUUGCUGAGGUAUCUUGUGCUAUCUUCCAUUGACUUCAUAA